UUAAAAUGAUUUACUGCAAAUUAAAGUCGCAACCUUUGUUCUUGACACACGAAUCAAGGUAAUUUACUCAAUUCUUCAUACUGUACGUCCUGCGGCUGUAACACAUAUGCAUAAAACGUCAUGGCCUGCUUUGACACCAAAAAGAAAAUACAUUUUUGUCACUAUUUUGUAAGCUGUAUAAUUACAUUUGUGGACUUCAUGAAUUACUCCAGUUAGUUUUUUCUGGGAAAACUUCUUGCAACAUCCACAUUUUACGGCCCCAUGUGUGAAAUUUUUUCCAAGUGGAAAUGUAUCGAUUCUUCACAGGCCACGGUCAUAUUGUUAUGACUGAAGAACAGUGUUUUGCUGCAGUAUAAAACUGUUUUCCCGUCAGAUUUGGUUUUCUUUCGAGAGCGAGCUUAAGAAGGACGCUGUGUGGGGAACAGACAAAAUGCCGAAAGAUAAUAGGGACAAUUAUGAAUAUACGCCCUUGUUGAUUAAACAGCCGGAAGAAACAAGACUGGGUAUAAAGUUUCCAAACAAAUCCCUUCUUCUGGCAACCUUUGCUGCUUGUAUAGGAGGAAGCUUCCAGUAUGGAUAUAACGUCUCCAUCAUUAAUGCACCCACUAAGCAUGUGCAAGAGUUCAUCAACCAAACGUGGACAGUGCGUUAUCAGACCGGAAUUGCAGAGGACGCUCUCACCUUUUUGUGGUCCAUCAUUGUGUCAAUAUUUACCCUUGGAGGACUAGUAGGAGUGACAGUUGGAGGAACAUUGUCAAUAAAGCUGGGGAGGAAAGGGACGUUGUUGACUAACAACAUUCUGGCAAUAACUGCUGCACUGAUGAUGGGUCUGAGCUAUGGAACAGGAUCGUUUGAACUCAUCAUCAUCGGCCGUCUUAUUAUUGGAGUAAAUGCAGGCAUUGGCCUUUGUGUUCAACCUUUGUACUUGACCGAAAUCGCUCCGACUGCCAUCCGUGGCCUCAUGGGAAUGGGGACCUCUGUUUUUCUCACUGGGGGGAUCCUGACUGGACAAGUGAUGGGGCUCAAAGAGCUGCUGGGUAGAGAAGAGUAUUGGCCCAUUCUGCUGUCCACCACGGCUAUCCCAGCGAUCAUGCAGCUCCUGACCCUCCCCUGGUUCCCGGAGAGUCCUUGCUUUCUCCUCAUUGACAGAGGAGAUGAUGAGGGAUGCAAAAAAGCCGUAAAGCAACUCCACGGUGCUGCAAAUUGUAAAAAAAAAAUUGAGGAAAUUGAGAACGAGAGGAACAACCUGGUUGGAAUCACGGCCAAAAAGCCGUGGGAACUGUUGGCGGACCGCGACAUGCGCUGGCAGCUUAUCACCAUCAUGCUUCUCAAUGCAGCUCAGCAGCUCAAUGGAAUCAACGCCAUCUAUUUUUACGCAGAAUAUGUGUUCAGAGAAGCAGGAAUUCCUAAUGACAAAAUACCGUAUGCAACCUUGGGCACUGGUGCCUGUGAAUGCCUCACUGCUUUGACAUGUGGUUUGCUCAUUGAGAGGCUGGGAAGGAGAGUGCUGAUUUUGGGGGGAUACACACUGAUGAGUAUCUGCUGCAUUUUGUUCACUCUGACCAUGACCUUACAGGAAACCAGUUCAGUUUUUCCUUACCUGAGCAUGGCAUGUAUUUUUGCCUUCAUUCUGAGUUUUGGAUUAGGACCUGGCGGUGUGACUAACAUCUUGACCGUGGAACUGUUCACACAAAACUCACGGCCUGCAGCCUACAUGAUUGCAGGCUCCAUAAACUGGACCAGCUUCUUUUUAAUCAGCAUGAUCUUCCCUUUUAUUGUGAUCCAUCUGCAGCAGUACUGCUUCCUGGUGUUUAUGGGAAUAUGCACUAUGGUGGCGAUUUACAUCUUCUUUUUUAUCCCUGAGACUAAGAACAAAACCUUCCUGGAAAUCCAGAAUGAGUUUAAGUCCAGAAACAAAAAGAAGGGCAGCAGCACUGAUGACUCUGGAAUGACACUGUUUGCAUCUUCAGGAUAAAAUCUCAAGAUUGUAGUUUUCCAUCCAUCCAUCUCCUUCCGCUUAUUUUAUUUUAUUAUUUUUGUUUUCCCUUUUCCUGCUUUGUUUAAAUGCUUAAAGAUAGCUCCACAUUCAUGCACUGUAUGACGUUGUGACAUUUCAAGUUUUUGUCAUUGUUGUAAUCUUUUGUCAAUUUUACUGAAUGGUCACUAAACUUUUCAUGGUCAAAA